AUGACGUGGGCACAGUUUAAUGCAAUCUUCUAUGAUAAAUAUUUUCCCCAAUAUUUUAGGGAUCGGAAAGUGUCAGAGUUUCAAGAACUUAAACAGGGAAGAAUGUCUGUAGCUGAGUAUGAAGCCAAAUUCACAGAACUAGCACGGUUUGCACCACAUAUGGUGGAUACUGAUUACAAGAAACCGCGGAAAUUUGAAGGCAGACUGGAUUUAGAAGUGUUUGGUCGGGUAGGCGUAUUGAAAUUGCCUACUUAUAUGGAAAUUUUAGACAGAUCCUUAAUGGCGGAAGCCACCAUAGCCGCUAUGAAACAAAGUAAAGCCCUAGCAGCUACAACAACUGAUUGGAAAGGAAAAAGGUCUGGGUAUAGUUUUAGAAGAGGCCGGUCUCAUGUAAGUAAGAAGCAAAAUACGAGGACUACAAGCAGCUUGAGUCAGAGCAGUGGGUCUAUUCCGGUUUGUUCUGAUUGUGGAAGAAGGCAUAGGGGUGUGUGCUACCGAGCAUCCGGUGCUUGUUUCCUUUGUGGCAAGACAGGUCAUGUAGUUAAAGAUUACCCACUUGGGUCUGAGGAUACUAGCCGUCCUAUGUUUGCCCACUCUUACGGGUUGUGUAGGAGGCUUUAUGUGCAUUUUGGUGUAUCGUGUACCUAUCCCUACGGGUUGUGUAGGAAGGUUUGUUGUUGUGAUAGUGCCUAUCCCUACGGGUUGUGUAGGGGUUUUGUUGAAGUGACAGCAAACAAGCUUUUGUUACUUUCUGCCAAAUGGAGGGUCCUUAGUGAGCUCUCUCUCUCUCUCUCUCUCUUCUGUAAAUUUGCUCAGAAAAUCGAAGAAAAAGUUUUACUCCAUCAUCGUCUUCUCAAGCUUCUUCAGAUUCAACUUUCUCUUCAUUUUCCAUCAUUCUCUCUCUCUGGUCAGAAGCUUGGAGACAUCACAGAAAUGACCUUUGGUGGUCGCUAUGUGAUUUUGAUGAUGGCACUCUUUUCUGCUACUACUGCAGGCUUGAUUAAGGUGGGUGACACAUAUCCAUUUGGUGUGGACCCUGUCUGGCAUGGUUCCCGCAGUGAGUUGCCAUUCCUCAGUUCGUUAAAGAUGAAAAUGUCAAUACUUCUCGGGGUAGCCCAGAUGAACCUUGGAAUCUUUUUGAGCUAUUUCAAUGCCAAGUUCUUCCGCAAUAGCCUGAAUAUCUGGUUCCAAUUUGUUCCCCAGCUGAUAUUUUUAAAUAGCCUGUUCGGUUACCUUUCCCUCCUCAUCAUUGUAAAAUGGUGCACUGGUUCAAAAGCUGAUUUAUAUCACGUACUGAUAUAUAUGUUCCUCAGUCCCACUGACGAACUUGGGGAAAACGAGUUUUUUGCUGGCCAGAGAACAGUUCAGCUUGUACUGCUGUUGUUGGCCCUCGUUGCUGUUCCAUGGAUGCUGCUCCCAAAGCCUCUUCUUUUGAAGAAACAGCAUGAAGAUAGACACCGCGGUCAGUCCUACGUGCCACUUCAAGGCACAGAAGAUUCAUUACAAUUGGAGGCAAGUCAUGAUUCCCAUUCUCAUGGGGAGGAAUUUGAGUUUAGUGAAAUUUCCGUCCAUCAACUUAUACAUACGAUAGAGUUUGUACUUGGAGCAGUCUCCAAUACAGCUUCAUACCUUCGUUUGUGGGCCCUCAGCCUUGCCCACUCGGAGUUGUCCACCGUAUUCUAUGAGAAGGUUCUUCUUCUUUCUUGGGGGUACAACAAUAUAAUCAUCUUUAUUGUGGGCAUCAGUAUUUUCAUUAGUGCAACUGUUGGUGUGUUGUUGGUGAUGGGUGGAGGAGAACAGUGGGUUUCUCUUGCUGGGUUGGCACACUCGACCCCUCAUGUCACCAUAUAUAAAAUUGAUAUUGCUCAGGAGGAGCUUGGAAGCAAAUUAAGCAAAUUAAAUAUUCACUCUGUGCCAGCACUCCACUUCUAUAAAGAUGAGAAAAAGGCUGCUGAACUGAUUGGUGCUGAUGUUCAACGAAGGAUAGCCACACUGCUUCUCUCUCUCUCUCACUUUGCACCCACUUUCCCAAUACCACCACUAUAGCCACUUUCCUUGUCCCUCCUUUAUUUUCACCAUCAUUUCUUUCAAACUUUUCAUCACCUUUAUUUUUUCUCUUCCUGACCCAUCUUUUUAUAUCCACCACAUGGACAACCGACUCAAAAUAAUAUAUAUCAUCCCAACUUUCAUCAUCAACCAAACCGUGGGCCAAGAAACCUUUUUUCAUUAUUCUUUCUUUGCAAAAAAAAAAAAAAAA